CACCACACUGGAUUAUACACUUAUAUAUAUUAUACCAACAACAAUAAUGGCUGUAUAGGCAUGCAGAAUCAAGCAGAUGGACGAUGUAUUUCGCAGAUUUCCUUGCGGGAUCUUUUGGAGGAGCUUGUGGUGUGGCGGUUGGUUACCCACUGGAUACUGUGAAGGUCAGAAUUCAGACUCAGAAACAGUUCACUGGAAUCUGGCAGUGCAUCGUCUUAACCAUCAGAAAAGAAGGGGUUCAUGGCUUCUUCAAGGGAAUGUUUUUACCCAUCACCACUAUAUCCAUGACCUCCUCUGUGGUGUUCGGCACCUACCGCAACUGUCUGCAGGCUCUCUCUCACAUCCGCGGAGCAGAAAACACUAAGCUGGAUGUUUUCAUGUCCGGUCUGGCCGGUGGUGUGGCACAGGUGUCUGUAAUGUCACCUGGAGACAUAGUGAAGGUGCGUCUUCAGUGUCAGACAGAGAGCAGGCGCAGUGUGUCCAGCAGUGUUAAACCCAAAUACAGUGGUCCAAUUCACUGCCUGCUGAGCAUCUGCAGAGAACAGGGACUCUCAGGGCUUUAUAGAGGAGCUUUACCUCUGGCUUUCAGAGACGGACCUUCAUUCGCCACUUACUUCCUCACAUACCACACAUUAUGUGCACGACUGACUCCAGCCGGACAGAAAGAGCCUGAGUGGACGGUGGUGCUGCUGUCUGGUGGGGUCGCUGGAAUGUCUGGCUGGACUGUGGGGACGCCGAUGGAUGUGAUUAAAGCCCGUCUGCAGAUGGACGGAGUACGAGGACAGAGGAGAUACCGUGGGCUCCUGCACUGUCUGACUGAAACCACACGCACUGAAGGACCUGGGGUUUUCUUCAGGAGUCUUGGCAUCAACUGCUUGCGGGCAUUUCCAGUCAACAUGGUGGUUUUCGCCGUGUAUGAAGUCAGUGUUCGAGUUCUCAGGUCUGCACCUCUGGAUCGAGUGUCUUGAUAAUGAGAAAACUCACAAUAACCCACAUCAAAAAAAAUAUUGUAGUAAUUUACAGUAAAAACUAAAGUGUUUUUGAACCAUACUGUAGUAAAUUGUAUUACACAGUGCUUCAGUGCUUAUUAUAGUAUCUACAACUGUUUGUUAAUGAAUGCUUAGCAUAUUUAGUAUAUUAAAUCAAUAGUGAACUGAUAUAUUGUAAUAGAUACUCUAGUAUAUUUUAGAUUUUACUACAGUAAACUGCGGUGUAUUGUUGUAUAAAAUACCCUUUUGUUGUAGAAAAUUACAGUAUUUGGUCAUUGUUACUAUUACUAUAGUUGUGUUACCAUAGCAACUGUAGAAUCGCCACAAAAGAUCAAUUACUAUAGUUGAGUUACCAUAGCAACUGUAGAAUUACCACAAAAUAUCAAUUACUAUAAUUGUUACCAUAGCAACUGUAGAAUCACCAUUACAGAUCAAUUACUAUAGUUGAGUUACCAUAGCAACUGUAGAAUCACUACAAAAGAACAAUUAUUAUAGUUGUGUUACCAUAGCAACUGUAGAAUCGCCACAAAAGAUCAAUUACUAUAGUUGUUACCAUAGCAACUGUAGAAUCACCACAAAAUAUCAAUUACUAUAGUUGUGAUACCAUAGCAACUGUAGAAUCACCACAAAAGAUCAAUUACUAUAGUUGAGUUACCAUAGCAACUGUAGAAUCGCUACAAAAGAUCAAUUACUAUAGUUGUGUUACCAUAGCAACUGUAGAAUCACCACAAAAUAUCAAUUACUAUAGUUUUGUUACCAUAGCAACUGUAGAAUCACCACAAAAUAUCAAUUACUAUAGUUUUGUUACCAUAGCAACUGUAGAAUCACCACAAAAUAUCAAUUACUAUAGUUUUGUUACCAUAGCAACUGUAGAAUCACCAUUACAGAUCAAUUACUAUAGUUCUUACCAUAGCAACUGUAGAAUUACCACAAAAUAUCAAUUACUAUAGUUGUGUUACCAUAGCAACUGCAGAAUUUGAUCAACAGAUUAAUGUAAGCAUGUUAGUAUGGUUCAAAAAUAUUUUAGAAUUUACUAUAAAUUAUGUCAUGGUCACACUAGAGUUUGUGUGUGCGAAAUUCUGUCAUACAAUGCUGCGAAAAGGGGCAUGAUUAAACGAGAUUAGUAGACGUUUAAAAAAGUGAGCGAUUGGUCCAUGUUUUAAAUUUCUUGUACAGAGAGGUCAUGUUUUGAUCCUCGAUUGGUCUCACGCAGUCACGUCAUGCGAUUUCACAGGUCAGAGUUCCCCAAGCUUGAACUUUGCACGGCAGCGAUCUGCGAAACUUGACACACCAACUUGCGUUUCCAGUCUGACGCAUUCACGUGCAUAUGAAUGGAAGUCCAGUGUGACCACAGCUUUACUAUGUAUUUUUCUUAAGGGAAACAAGUACUUUGCCGAUGAAUUAAUGAAUAGAUGUCAUUUAUUUAUGUGGUGAUGCAUUCAGAUUGAUGCGUCUUUUUAUUGCUAAUGGAUAGCACUUUAAAAUAAUGAAACACACACACUGUUACACUGUCUGGCUCUAAACAGCCUGCAACAUAAGUGUCCACGCCGUCAAUCAACUUAUUUAAAAAUUGAGAAGAUUUAUUAAAAUAGUUCAAACAAGCAUCAAACUCUAAAUAAACAAUCUUAUAAACAAACAAAAAUUCUGGUGCUGGAGGAGACCGAUCAGGCAGCCCCAGUCAAGCCAAAAACGCAAGCUCCUCUCGAUGGAACAAAUGAGGAAUCCUUUUAUCAUGCACUUAUCACCGGCAACGCAGCACACCUGUAAUGCACUCCCACCUGCCACAUAAGGGAACAAGUGACCUCAAGACAACAGCGUCAUCUAGUGGACAUCCCAGCUCCAGCAAAAGAAAAGAAAACCCGUAACACACACACAUACACUAGUAAUUAUGGUCAAAUCUGCAUGUAAUUAUGAAUACAUAUAAAUGGUAAGAGAACGCUGAAAACGCACAAUGUAGGAUUGUAGAAGUGUAUUUAUUAUGUAACAGUUCCUCUCCAGUCAGUCCAGUUUUCUGUCUUAAACACUUUAACUCAUCAACUAUUCAUUUGCAAAAGCUGAUUUGAAUGUUUUUAUAGAAAUAUUUGAGAAAUUAUUGCAUCCUUCCAGAAUAGGCAUUUAUGUGUAGUUUGAGCUCUUGGUUUUCCCUCUUUUCUCUAAACGUGCCUUAUUUUUUAGUGUUUCAUUUGUGUCGUCUGCAAAAACCCUGGAGAAACUAGUUGAUCUGACAUUACUGUUCAAUUCAUAUGUCCUGCACAUACAGAAAUCAUACAAUAAAGUUUACAUCAUUUA